AUGCCAUUCUACAAUCAACUAUUGGAUGUCUCCGAAAAAAUUAUAAACGACCCGAAGCAAUCACCUAUCGCUUUAUCAGCUAAAGCUUUUUUGGACAACAAUCGAUUUAGCUAUACUUUAGGGUUAUUACACAACAACAGAGAGUGCGUUGUGGGAAACAUCGAGAAUCUAACACGUUACGCUUCUGUUUCGAUAUGCUACGACGGAGACAAUCAUAUCUAUAUGGUUGGUGGUUGCAAAAAUAACAAACGUGCAUUAAUAUAA